GGAGUUUGUACUGCUUGCACUAUGGAGGCCGCGCUCUUCAUCUUUUCGCUCAUUGAUUGCUGCGCCCUUAUUUUCCUCUCUGUUUACUUCAUAAUUACACUGUCGGACUUAGAAUGUGACUACAUCAACGCCCGUUCCUGCUGCUCCAAACUGAACAAGUGGGUGGUCCCAGAGCUGGUCGGCCAUACUGUGGUGUCUGUGUUGAUGCUCGUGUCAUUACACUGGUUCAUCUUUGUUCUUAACCUGCCUAUAGCAGCAUGGAAUAUAUACAGGUUUAUUAUGGUGCCAAGUGGAAACUUGGGGGUGUUUGACCCUACAGAGAUUCACAAUCGGGGGCAGCUGAAGUCUCACAUGAAAGAAGCCAUGAUUAAACUUGGAUUCCAUCUACUCUGUUUCUUCAUAUACUUGUACAGUAUGAUUUUGGCCUUAAUAAACGACUGAGUCAUGGACCGAAUCAGAAGACAAUCCCUGUGCACCCAGUAAAGAAGAGCCGCAAGAGAACAAGACGGUUCAGGAAGCCAACAUCACAGCCGAACCCAGAGUAGUAUUUUCCAUUCUGCCUAUUUAAAAGCAAUAUUUCUAGCUGUAUUUUUUUAAACAUGUAUAAAAAAUUUUUUGAAAAGAAAGUCCAUGUAGCCCAUUUUGCGUCUUCUCUUUGCCUGGGAGUGACUCUGAACUCGCUGGCAGAAAUUGCUUUAUUUGGGAUCAUAAUCCAGAAUAUGUUGCUAGUGGUGGGACAAGUAUGGGAUCCCUUCUGUAUCAUAGAACCUAUAUCUGAAGCAAUAUCCAGUUCUGCUGACAAUCACAAACAUAAACGCUCUGUCCACACGCCUUCCCCCCCCCCACACCAUCUGUAUAACAUGCAAGGUUUUUUUAAUAACAAAAUAUUACUAUUUCAAAACACGAGAUAUUUAGGAUUCAAUAUUAAUCAUUAAAGGGAUUCUGUCGUGA